CGGGGAUUGCAGAGCGUGACGUAGUACGCACGGUGCGUGUCUCAAGACCGGGAACAAACUGCGCACAUCCACUUCUGGGUAAACUGCAAACUUUAGCAUAUCACAGUUGUCAUCAUGCCUACUAAAAAGACCGCCAAGAGGAAGUCUGAGCCCAUUGUGGAGGAUGAAGGAGAGCCCAAGAAAGUGAAAGUUUCUCACAGGAGUCAUGGCAAGGAAGCAGGUCAGGUUCUUGUUCUGGGCCAGGGUGAGGUUGGGCAGUUGGGUCUCGGCGAGGACAUCUUUGAGAGGAAGAAGCCAGCCCUUGUGUCCCUGCCAGAGAAAAUUGUGCAAGUGAUGGCUGGAGGCAUGCACACUGUGUGCCUCAGCGAGACUGGACAUGUCUAUACUUUUGGCUGCAACGAUGAAGGUGCCCUUGGUCGGGCAACAACAGAGGAGGGAUCUGUGGUUCCAGGAAAGGUGACAUUGGAGGAGAAGGUGGUCCAGGUGUCGGCAGGGGACAGCCACACAGCUGCGCUCACAGAGGAUGGAAAAGUGUACAUGUGGGGCACCUUCAGGGAUAGUAAUGGUGGGAUAGGUCUCCUGGAGCCCAUGAUGAACAGCACUUUACCAAUCAAGGUCCCCGUGACAGAACCUGUCGUGAAAAUUGCGUCAGGUAAUGACCACAUUGUCAUGGUUACACUGGAGGGAAAUCUUUACACAUCAGGCAAUGCACAGCAGGGGCAGCUGGGAAGAGUGUCUGAGCGGUUUUCUGACAGAGGCGGCAGGAAAGGCCUCAGCCGGCUGCUGGUACCGCAGAUUGUGGAAGUCAAAGGGAAAGUUCACUUCAUUGAUGCCUUCUGCGGAGCAUAUCUCACCUUUGCUCUGUCAAAAGAUGGGCAUGUUUAUGGAUUUGGUCUCGCCAAUUAUCACCAGCUGGGCACUGGAAGCACCAAGAUGAGUUUUACCCCGGUAAAACUGACGUGCUUCAAAAACUCUACCACCUCCUGGGUAGACUUCUCUGGAGGAGAACAUCACACAGUCUGCCUUGAUGCUGAAGGACAGGUAUAUAGCCUGGGCAGAGCGGAGUAUGGUCGUCUCGGUCUGGGCCAAGACGCAGAAGAAAAGAGUGAGCCCACGCCUGUGAUGGGGAUGGAGCCGGCCAGUGGAGUGACAUGUGGGGCGACUGUCAGCUACGCCGUCACCAGAGAGGGAUCUGUGUACGCCUGGGGCAUGGGCACCAACUUGCAGCUUGGCACAGGAGAGGAGGAUGAUGAGUGGAGCCCCGUGAAGAUGACAGGCAAGCAGCUGGAGAACCGUGCAGUACUGAUGGCCUCCAGUGGAGGGCAGCACACAGCCCUUUUGGUCAAAGACAAGCAGGAGAGCUGAUGUCCAUCCCAGAUGGGGAUCUUUUGAUCUGUUUGGCGGUGGGGCCUUUUUCAUGAUGCCUAAAUCUGGGUAGGGGGUCGAUCUAUGUGUGACUUCUCGUGCUGAGCCGAUGAAGUGCGAGAGGUUCAUGCCCUUUUAUGAGAACUCUUCAUGGAUGUUCAGUAGAUCAUGACAAAUGAGAGACUAUUUUUUUAAAGUCUAGUUUUUGAUGUUCCAUUUGAAUUAUUUUCAUUAAGUCAUUAGUAUGACUGUAAGAUGGUAUAUGUGAUGCUUGUGAUUGUGACUGCAUGUACGUAAAGGAAAAGAGAGUGCAAGCCUUUUAAUGACUUCCCCAAACAAUAGUCUUUUUAAUGUUGAUUUUUCUUUUCUUUAAAGCAAUAAUUCCUCUGACACUGCUUCAGACGGGACAUUUGUACUCAGUGAGUUUAACAUGUGAGACUACUGUUCAUUUUACCUGGGGCACACAUAUUCGCUGUGACUGGACAUUUGGUAACACGUCAUACUGUAUCCUGCAUUUUGUUGCAUUUCCUCUCUGACAAUAAAGAUUAAAUUUUAAG